UUGAGGUCCUACAGAAAAGAUUACUAAGGUUUUAAAAAAUCUAGAGACUUAAAGAAGUUUAUCGUUUCUGUAUAUGAAUUUUUACGUAGGCAUGAAACUUUUUGAAUAGAGAAGAGGGCUGGAACACUUGGAGAUGUGUCAGGCAUAAGAAGAGGCUUUAUCUGACUUCUUUCUUACAUUCCAAAGAACAUACUGAAGACAAUGAAAAACCACAGUGCUGUCUCCGAGUUCAUCCUCCUUGGGCUGCCUAUUGAUCCCCAGAUCCAGACUCUGCUUUUUGUGUUAUUCUUGGUGAUUUAUCUCUUAACCAUGAUGGGAAACUUGAUGAUGCUGUUGGUGAUCAAGGCUGAUUCUCACCUCCACACACCCAUGUACUUUUUCCUGGGACAACUGUCCUUCCUGGAUCUCUGUCACUCAUCUGUUACGGUACCCAAGCUGCUAGAGAACCUACUGUCUGAGAAAAAAACCAUCUCAGUAGAGGGCUGUCUGGCUCAGGUCUUCUUUGUGUUUGCCACUGGGGGCACCGAAUCCUGCUUACUGGCUGUUAUGGCCUAUGACCGCUAUGUUGCCAUCAGCUCUCCUCUACUGUAUGGCCAGAUCAUGAACAUGCAGCUCUGCGCGGGGCUUGUGUGGGGUUCGUGGGGCUUAGCUUUUCUGGAUGCUCUCAUCAAUAUCCUUGUGGCUCUCAAUUUAAACUUCUGUGAUGGUCACAAUAUCCACCACUUCAGCUGUGAGCUCCCUUCCCUCUAUCCUUUGUCUUGCUCUGAUAUUUCUGCAAGUUUUACUGCCCUUCUCUGCUCCAGUCUUGUGCAUUUCUUUGGAAAUUUCCUCCUGAUCUUUUUCUCCUACGUUCGCAUUAUCUCCACCAUCCGGAGCAUCAGCUCCACCACAGGUAGAAGCAAGGCCUUCUCCACCUGCUCGUCCCACCUCACUGCCGUGAGCUUCUUUUAUGGCUCGGGAUUGCUCCGCUAUCUCAUGCCAAACUCAGGAUCCACUCAAGAGUUAAUUUUCUCCCUGCAGUACAGUGUGAUCACUCCCAUGCUGAACCCCCUCAUCUAUAGCCUAAAGAACAAGGAGGUGAAGGCAGCAGUGAGAAGAACAUUGAAAAAAUGUUUCUAGUGUUUUAAAUAAUAGACUACAAUGUCAGAAUGAUGAGGAAACUGGGUAUUACUGCAAUAUGCAGUGCCUGGAUAUUAUGGAGAAUUCUCCAAUAUCGGAAUCUGCAAGAUAAGUUACACCUUCUUUUUCUGAAACGUAUUUUUUAAAAAGGUAGACAACUAUUUUCUUGAUAUGACACAAGCUUUGUCCUAGUCAGAGGAAGGUUAAUGAAUAAGGUAAAUCUCUUGCCUAGCAAUUUUUCUUACAAAGAUUGUUAAUCAUGGUGUCCCAA